CGGAGUUGGCAUCAGAACAGUAUCUUACGUCUAACCAUCUAUUUCAAGUGGACAAACUACCAAAAUAUACAAAGCCAAAAUGAAUUUCACAAAGCUUUUCGUUGUCUUCGCUGUUGUUCUUAUUGCCUUCUCCAGUCAAAGUGAAGCUGGUUGGUGGAAGAGAGUUUUCAAGCCAGUGGAAAAACUUGGUCAACGAGUUCGUGAUGCUGGUAUUCAAGGACUCGAAAUUGCACAACAAGGAGCCAAUGUUCUGGCAACUGCUCGAGGUGGACCACCACAACAAGGAUAAUUAUGAGAAAUUAACUUAACUAUUUCUAAAUUUUGUUUAUUUAUUUUAAAUUAUAAUUGAAGUUGAAAAGGACAAAAUCAAAGUUGAUAAAAUAAACUGUCUUACAAGUUGCUAAAA